AUGCUCGACAAGCACAGACUGGAGGUUAGAAACCCACAGAGAAAAGGAAAGGUGGGGAACCAGUGGGUGAAGGACUACCUCACAGAAUAUGCAGAGAGCUUCCCACAAGUCUCCAGUCUCCUUGAGGCCAACAUCCACAGGUGUAUCUACGGCCAGAAAGGAUUUGAGCAUUACACCUUUGAGGAGAUGUGGGAGCUUUACAGUCAGUACCUCACCCAAAAGGACAGGCCAGAGCACUUCAGUGCUGAGCAGAGGGAGCUCACACACAAGGCCUACACUUCUGUGAGGAGGUGGCUGCACACACCAGUGACCCACAUCACAAGCGUGCAGAUGAAGAGGUUCAGGAAAUACCUCAAAGAGAAGGAGCAGGCUAGCACUAGGUGUGAUCCCUCAUCUUCGGCAGAUGAUGACGCUGAAUUGGUUGCUGCAAGCCAGGAAGUUGAAGACUUGCUGAAGUUCCAAGAGCCUCCAUGUCGCAAAACUGGCAGGCAGAGCCAGGAUUUCCGACCCACAGACAGGACAAAGCCGAGGAGUCAGUCUGAGACGGCAAAUCUGCCCACGACCCCCGUGAGGCCCAGGCAGCCGGAGACCCCUGUGGAGCUGGAGGGCUGGGUCCGUUUGUGGGAAAACCCCAAUGGUGUCCCAUCAGCAGACAUAUCCUGGCUAAAAGAGGACGCAGAAAGAGGCCUGUUCACCCCUGUUCAGAUAUUUCAGCAUAAAUCUGUUGGAGUUUGGCGAUACUCGCUGAAGUGCCCUCGAGGGGAUGACUGCGUCGGGCACGGGAGGGAUGUACACCUCUACAAGUCUGGCUUCCACCACAGAGCCGCCAGGAGUGGAGGAGGUGGCACAGUGGGCCGAUGGCUUGCAUGGGAUCGGGCUAUUUUAUCUCAACUUAGUGAGGCUCAUCAAGCUCUGUUCCCUGCCAUCCUCACCAGCAAGCGUGGGGUGGAUAAGAACGUGGUGCGCCUUCUGAGGGACAGGACCGAAGGUAACACUAUGGUCAAGGUGUGGAGGCAGGUACAGGAGAGUCAUGUUGAGGAGUAUCUUCAACAUAAGGACCUGUACACCACACUCCUCAUGACCGUAGCGCAACCGGGCGGAAUCGUCUCCGCAUUAGGCCACGCAUUCCAGGCUCCACCUGCUCAGAGAGACCUUCCCUCUGCACGGCUCCUGCGUCACGCCUUCCUGCUGGCAGAGGCGGACAAUGUGCAAGAUUACCGAAGCCAGAUCCUCUCCACUUUUGGCACAGCACUGAAAAUGGACUCCACUAAGAAAGUGGUCAAGAAGCUGUCUGGGGAAGGUCGAGGCUCAGCCGAGUGGUUCACCAGCAUUGGGAACGAGCACUCACAGAUAGUGACCUUUGUGCUGACUUGUGAGGAGUCCACUCCGCGGCUCACACCCAUGUGCAGUGGAGUCAUGGAGAGGUUCCGGCUGGCCAAUCAGCCUGUCCCCAAGCUCCUCUACGUGGACCGUGGGUGUUGCCGGUCUCAAGGCCCAACAGGAGUGGAGACUUUGUUCCGUUCCUGGGUGGACAAUGGGAUGGUUGUGCGGCUGGACAUUUUCCACUGGAUCCACAGGUUUGACGCAGCCAUACGCACAGAGUCCCACUGUAAGUAUGCGGUGUUCAAGUCUGCUCUAGCUGGGGCAGUCCUGGCCUACAACCGCCCAGACCUGGAGCUGCUCAUCAAAGCCAUCAGAGCCAAGAACCCGGCCAGUCUUACCUCGGUCUCAGACGAGGACAUUGUCCGCUGCCACAUCACCAGGGAUCAGCUCAAGCACCACGUGAGGAGGGUCACACUCGGUGCUCAGGAGACCUUUCGGCUCAUCCAAUUGGCCAUCGAGGAGCUGAAAGGUCCCGUUGGGCUGGACGAGAGCGGAGUUAGCCUCUUCAAAACACCAGAGGCUAUCGAUGAGAUGUGGGCAGGCCAGCAGCGACACCUCGAAUGCAUCCAGGAUCCACCAGGCAUGAACAUGUAUAGGGUGGCCCGUACCACAACAAUCAACAAUGUGGAUGUUCCCUAUUACAAAUGUCUGCGUGGAAGCAACAGCCUGGAAGGAUUCCACAAAUCGCUGCCACACAUGAUUCCAGGUCCCCAUUGUGCAGCCCGGCCCUAUCAGGUUUACCUGAUGAGUGGCAUUGCGCGGUGGAAUUCGGACAGGAGUUCAGACGCCGUGUUUGGUGGCAAAGGACGGAACCACAGGACAUACUCUGCACCGCUCAUUGACCGCCUCAACACCCGCUGUCAGCAGCUGUUCGGCGAGACUGUGGAGGAGAAUUUCCGGGCCCCCGCCAAUGUUGCUUCCAACGAGUUGCUGGGGUUGGAAUAUUUAUUCAGCCAAAGCACAGGUGAAUCUGAACCAUUUUCUCUCGUGGACAUCAUCAAUGAUGGACCUGGUCCAGAGGAGGAGGUGGUUCAGCAUGGGCAGCCCAACCCAGAUCCAGAAGCCGACGAAGCCUACCAGAGCGACGGGGAGGCUGGUGCCGACGUGUUGGAUGCCAUCCUGCCCCACAUUAACCUCACCAGCAACGAAACCGCAACUGUGGACCCUCCAGCCUUUGUUGAUGCCUGCAGUUCAAACCCGCUUCCUGGCUUUGAAAGGCUGGAAAAGUUCUGCUCUGCUCUGGUGGAAAUCAGCCUUACAGAGGACAAGCUGACUCUUUCCACUGAGCAGAGGAACAAGGUCCUCGAAGCCUGGAACGCCGUGGAGGAGCACGACAAGCAGCCGCAGCAGUUCAACCAGCUCUACAGAACGCACUGGGGCAACACGCUCUACUGCCGCACUAAGAGAGACGAUCUGGUUGAUGCUGCUGUGAUUCAGAAGCUUAAGAUGGCUAAGCGCUACGCACCGGCUCAACAAGACGUCAGCGCUCAACACAACAGGCUGAUGUACACACUGAUUAAACUGCUGUGGCUGCGCUCCCCUCAAGGAUCUCGCUGCAGUCCCGAGAAAAGCACAAUUUGUAAGUCAUAUGAAAGAAUCCAGCACCGGAUUCUGGUGGAGGAUCCGAUCCUGUGCAAAGCUGGCAUUCCCCUUCCAAAGAUUAACAUUAAAACCGUGCGGGACUUCAUCCGACGUCAGGAGCGCCUCCUCAACAUGAAUGCCACAAAACAGUCCUCCACUGUAACGAAGAUCACCUCAAUUUCAUCUGCUGACCUCCCUCCAGCACCCCACCAGCCGUCAGUCCUCCCUCCACCACUCUACCCUCUGAUGGAGUACAUGCCCACGCCCAGCACGGCAGGGACUAAGGUGUUGAAGGGAAGGACGGACAUGAUGAUGCCUCUCUCCCGGCCUCAACCACCACUGCCACUCCUGAAACUGCCUGUUAAAACCACCCCUGCCACCUCCACCAUCACCAGACCUCUGCCCUCCACAUCUGUCUCCACAGCCAACAUUGAAUCCACGCAGUACAAGCGAAAAAGUAUGGAUCAACCCUCUGCAGUUGGAGUCGAGGUGUCGCGGGGUCUGGACAAAACAGUGUACGACAGCUACGAACACUUCAUUUCUGUUGUGGACAAACAGUGA